AUGUCAGAAAUCGCCAAUCUAGCCCCUGAACCACGCUACCUCUUCCGCCAACCUCGCGCCCUGCAAUGGUUCGAGCACGGCCGGCUCGUCAAACGCUGCGAGGGCGAGCGACAAGCCAGUCGCUUCGAGCUCUUCCUCGAUCUGCUGUACGUGGCUAUCCUGGCGAACUUUGCGGAUAGCCUCGCAGAAGAUAUUUCGGGAGUGCAACUGGUAAAGUAUUUGUUAAUUCUAUCUCCAUCCUGGCAUGUAUGGAGCGACCUCCGCGAGCUGAUGAACUCGUUCUACAACGACGACCUGCUCCAACGACUGCUCAUCCUCUUCAUCAUGGCCGUCCUGCUCGUGUACGGCAACAACGCCCCCCUGGUAAACGAGGAUCUGGGCGCCCUGAGAGCAACAGUGGGCGCGUACAUGGUGGCCAGGUGCACGGCCAACACCGCCCACCUGGUCUAUUCGUUUGCAAGCUACCACCACCGCGCCCAGCAGCGGCUGUGGUUCGGUAUGGCUUCGCUCUGUCUGCUCCUGUACACGCCGCUAUAUCUCGAAGACAUCUCGAUGCGGGCCAAGAUCGCCGUGGCCGUCGUGGCGAUUGUCGCAGAGGAAUCCACCUGGAUGUUCUGCUACUCGCCCCUGGCGAAACGCAUGCUCCGCGCCCGCUACACCACCGCCGUCGACGUGCCGCAUGAGAUCGACCGGUUCGCGGCUUUUUACAUCAUCGCCCUCGGCGAGUUUCUCUACUGGAGUAUCGUCGGUUCGCCUGCUGCCAUAGGCUUCAACGCCGGCCUCCUCCGUGCCGUCUGGACCCUUGUCAUCGCCUUCUGCUUCAACUGGAUGUACGUCCACAACGACGGCGCCCUCUCUGGUUCCCAUCCCAUCCGUCACUCCGUCACUACUUCCUUCGUCUGGGUUACGCUCCAUCUGCCCUUGAUCGCCUCGUUGCUCGCCGGCGGCCACGUCGCCGCCAAAAGUGCCGCGGAGAAGAUCGACUUUGGUGAUCCCCAGCGCUGGCUUCUGUGUGGUAGUCUCGGCGUCGCCCUCUUCUGUCUGUACAUCAUCUCAAUACUGCAUCACUCGCACGAUAAAUCGGGGGUCUUGAUUUUGGGAAAGAACCUCCGUGUCAUUAUGCGCCCCAUUGUCGCGAUCGUGAUCAUCUGCCUCCCUCUCGCCCACCAACUAGACUUCACCUCCAUCCUCUCCCUGAUCAUGGCCCUGGUAGUCGUCUGUCUCAUCUGGGAGAAUGUCACCUCCCUCCGCAAAGACUGUCACAUCUGGGAGAAGUGGGUCGAUACUCAGUACCCCGAUGAGACAGAGACAGAUCCAGAGGCUGGCCAGAUGCACGAUGACGGCGUCCAGGUUGAUGUUGAUGCGACUCAAUCUGACGGUGGAGACGAGAGGAAGGAAUAG